ACAAAAUUGGUUUGAAUGGCGGUGGAGAUGGGAGUGGCAAUGGGAGUGGCAGUGCCUCCUUCGGUUCCGGGUGCGAGGGUAGACGGGGGUUUGGAUUCCCGCCUGCGCGGGAAUGACGACCUAUAGGGCCUCCGGCGUUUAAGACGCGAUUGCCCUGAGUCAGAAGGGCAGCGUUUCGAAUGAGGUGUUUUGAUUGAUGGGGCCCCCUUGGUGCAGGGUGGCAGGU